AUGGACGAAUUAGGACGGGUUGGUUUAGUAGUAGGUCUUAUCUAUGGGAACUAUUUACUCUUUCGCUCGAAACUUUGGACUAUCUUUUGGGCUUUGUGUUACAAUGUGCUACAACGUGAGAUAAGGAAAAGUAGAUUGCGAGUACUGCAUCCUUUAUUACUUCUGGGUUCACUCUUCCCAGUCGUACUUAUAGUUGGUCUGCCUUCUCUAGUAGUAGUGGUGGGUGGCCAGGAGUUACUGGCUUAUACGGAACAGGUUUUGGUCUUAGUAGAGGGAGCGGCUUGGACUCGGCCUUGGCUGCACCAGGGUAUUCGGACGGGAGUAAGUUGGGUGCUGGCUUGUUUAGGUGUGGGGGCGGAGGAGCAGUUGAGUGAAGAGUUGAUCUGGUACCGGUUGUACGUUAAGUUAGAAGAGUGCAUGGAUGAAGUCCUAAUGGGAAGUAAAGUAGCUUUUGGAUGGUUGAGUGAGUGUUUAUUCUUUUGGGGUGUACUAGGUUGUUUUAAUGCUUUACCUGAGAAUCCUUUGUACUAUGCCGUUCGACCCUUACCACAGCAUCGUGAAAUAGUUGGGGUGCUGGAGACUAUUGUUCAUGCUUAUUCCGUGGGGUGUUUAGGACAUUUUAUCUAUGCAGUUGGUUUAGGGAUGUGUACGGGAUCGCCUUUAAUUCUGGUGGGCGGAGUAGCUGCUGCUUUUUUGAGUCUCUUCCCGGUGGCACCUUUAUGUCUCUAUGUUCUACCGAGCGCAGUUUACUUGGGUUUGGCUAAGCACUGGAUAAGUUUGGGUGUAUUGCUAGUGGGCGGUCUGGUGCAAGCUCGAGUGGUAGGUAAGUUAGUAGGACGUAAACCAUUGAACAGUUCCGGACGAACAAUUAGUGCGGCGCUGGGCAUGCAAGCUUUUGGCCUGGCUGGAGCUAUUCUAGGUCCUUUUCUACUGGGUUCUUUACUGGUGAUCUGGCGAGGCAGUAGUUCACGUAGUUCUAAACGUCUUAAUCUAGUCCGGCCGAGUGUAAGUGUAAGUACAACUAGUAGUGCAACUAAAACCAGUACGCAUCAGCCAACUAAACCCAAUACUCAAACCGUGGCUGAGAUCAUGCGUAAAAAGAAGUAA